CAUUUCACAAGUCACCGAUUCGGUUUUGAAGGAAGUGUGAGACCAAAAAGGCAAGAAACGGAGUACUGACAAGACGAAAUAAGAAUCACCAUUUUCAGGUUUCAGGGUUUCUCAAAGGUUUUUGGUUCGAGAACUGAAAGUGGCGCUGUGGUGCUGAGAAUCAGAGAGAUGCAGAGGGUAAAAGCUUUGGCAAGAGCGGGAAAAUGCUGGUCUCAGAGUCUCACCUCUCUUUCCCGAGGCUUUUCUGCCCAGCCAAACUAUGCCCAAAACUACGAUCUUCAAAACCUGGUUUUGGUUGAAGGAAGAGCUAAAUCGAGAGCAGCCAUACUCAAUAGGCCGUCUUCUCUGAAUGCUCUCAAUACAGCAAUGGCAGCUCGGCUGACGAGACUGUAUGAAUCGUGGGAAGAAAACCCAGAUAUUGGUUUUGUCUUGAUGAAGGGUAGUGGCAGGGCUUUUUGUUCCGGUGGAGAUGCUGUUUCACUAUAUCAUCUACUUAAUGAAGGGGACAUUGAGGAAUGUAAAAUGUUCUUCGAGACAUUGUAUAAAUUUGUCUAUCUCCAGGGAACAUAUUUAAAGCCACAUGUUGCUAUCUUGGAUGGCAUCACUAUGGGAGCUGGGGCUGGAAUUGCACUCCCGGGAAGGUUCAGUUUGGUGACUGAUAAAACUGCUUUUUCCCAUCCUGAGGCUCAAAUGGGUUUCCAUCCUGAUGCGGGGGCGUCCUUUUAUCUUUCUCGUCUACCUGGCUACUUAGGGGAAUACUUGGCUCUUACAGGAGACAAGCUGGAUGGUGUAGAAAUGAUUGCCUGUCGCCUUGCUACACACUACACACUUAGUGAAAAACUAAGUUGGAUUGAAGAACGCUUGAGUAAUUUGCACACAGACGAUCCCUCUUUGAUAGAAUCAUCUCUUGCACAAUAUGGCGACAUUGUUUAUCCAGAAAAGACGAGUGUUCUCUCUAGGAUUGACACCAUUGACAGAUGUUUUAGCCAUGACACGGUGGAGGAAAUAUUUGAUGCUUUGGAGAAGGACGCAUCGGAGUCCUAUGAUGAGUGGUGCAAAAUAACCCUCAAGAAAUUAAGAGAAGCUUCUCCUCUAUCCUUGAAAGUUAUUCUGCAAUCUAUACGCGAAGGUAGAUUUGAAAGUCUUGAUCAAUGUUUGGUCCGUGAGUACCGAGUAUCCCUUACCGCGAUUUCCAAAGACGUCUCCAAUGAUUUCUGUGAGGGUGUUCGUGCAAGAUUUGUAGACAAGGACUUUGCUCCAAAGUGGGAUCCUCCAAGUUUAGGGGACGUGUCCGAAGACAUGGUGAACUGCUAUUUCUCGCCGCGUCCUGAAGUUGAGUCUGAACUGGAACUGCCCACAGCAUCGAGAGAGCCAUACUGAAACUGAUCAGAACCAAAGAACAAGAACAAUCUACUUGUGGAGCUGCGUCUCAACUGAUGAUAAAGUUGAUGGAUUGGGUGCUGAAUAUUCUUUUUGAGAGAGGAAUUCCUAAUUAUUAGGAAAACUCGUGCUAAGUCUGUUCUUGCGAAGGACUCUUUUUACACAUUUGCAAACGACUGAGCAUCGACAGCUUGAAUAACAGAAACUGUGUUUUUAUUCCCAUGUUGUGGAUUUGGGAAUAUUAGUACUCUUAGUGCGACUAGUUUUAUCAGAAAUUGUAAUACUGAAUAUUCAAUUUUGUUUACAUGUAUUGAUUAUUUUUUUACCCCAACGCAUUUGCUCAAUGAC